AUGAAGGCGGCCCUCCGCGCCGCCAGGACGGCCCGCAAGGAAGACCGCAUCGUGGCCUACCUAGACUCCCGCGCCUUCUGGGCGGCCGCCCUGGAGCGCCGUGUGUCGUGGGGGGACGUCCUCAACUACGUGGGACAGGUGGCUGCUGCUGCCAACGACAGCGCCGUGCCGCAGCACGUCGCCGAGCAGGCCGCGGCCUUCCAGUCUUCCUGGGCUCUUGUCGAGGCCUACUCGAGCAGCACGCGGGGGGAUGACGACCAGGAGGGCCAGGGUAACGCCAGCAUCGUCCUCGGCGAGCUUGACUGGAGCAGACUCACCCGCUGCCAGGCGGAGGUCAAGCAGACCGGCGCCGCCGCGGCCGCCAGCCAGGACAGCUUAGUUUUUCCGUGCCAGCGCUUCCUCUUUGGACAGUGUCCAAAGCAGGAGGCUGGCAGGCGCGCGGUGCCGGCUGCGGCGGUCCUGGGGCCCACCCAGCUCGCGCGCUCCACGGCGGGCGCCUCCCCGGCCAGGGGCGGGCCCGAGGAUCGGCCGAAGGGGCAUUUUCGGACGCCGCUGGCGCGCGGCCGCGACGGUCAAAAGGGCGCGAGCGUUGAGGGGCGCGCCCAGAGGACAGCCGGGACACAAGCAGACUUGUUAGAACUUGUUCCAGGCGCUCCUGGAGCUGCUGUUCCCGGCGACGGAGAGGCCUUCACAGUGGCCCGCGGUUGGGUCGCCGACCCCGCAGUGGCCGUUCACCCGCGGGGCGCCGUCGCCACGGUGCCUUCGAGGGGGCCGUCGCCCGCCCAGCACCUGCAGGCGUUUCUGCAAGUCCACUUUGGCACAGGCAUCAACGAGGCGGGCUCACCGGCCACGCGCAUAGGGAAAUUAGUGUUUGCUUCGCGGGGCCUGCAGGGCAAAACUUGCGCGCACGCCAGACACAGGGCGGCCGUUUCGCAUGGGCCAAUCCAUCGUAAGCAGAGGGGGGACCAGUGCACCGUGUUUUCGUUUUGCACGUGCGGAGUGGAUCAGGGCAUCCGCCUGCAUACGUGGUUGCCGGUGUGGGACGAGCUCUUCCGCAAUGAGGGCCGCCCGCUUGGCGGAUGCAUUCCGGCAUCCUGGACGGCGGAGUUUCGCUGCCACUUGCGCGCUCUGGGGGUCGCUAGCCCCGGGGCGUGGUUCGGGCAUGGUGUCUGGCGAGGCGCCGCUGCGGACGUUUUUGUCGCGUCGGGCGUGAAGGCCAUGCUCGCGCGAGGGGGCUGGCGCUCUGUGGCGUCUGCCGGGCCGUACGUGUCUGGCGACGAGGUCGCCGCCGGCCUGCUGGCGCAGGGCGUCGUCGACGAGUCGGGUCGCUCCAGCGUGGUGGUGCGGCUGCUGUCCGGGCGGGAGGUGGCCGUCGUCGAGGUGGGGCCCGCGGACCAGGUGCGGUUGCUGCGGCAGGCGGUGGCGGCCGAGCGGCCUUUUGGGGCUGGCGGCCAGGAUGGUGCCCGCGUCUGCUUCGACCUGGUCCUCGGAGAGAGGCUUCUCCUGGACGAGGAGACGAUAGAGGGCAGCGGCCUGGCUGGAGGCGGCGAGCUGCUCGCCGUCCGGUGCGAGCCCUUCUGCGUGCUGGCCACCGCUGGGCGCGAGGCGGUGCUGCUGGAUGGCGUCACCGGGGCCACGGUCCGGACGUUCCGUGGGCACCGCAAUGCCGUGAGGGCGGCGGCCGUUUCGGCGUCAGGUGACCACAUCUUGACGGCCUCGGACGAUUUCACCGCCAAGCUGUUCGACUCGCGUACUGGCGCGUGCAAGCAGACGCUGGUCGGUCACAGAAACAACGUGAACGAUGCGGCAUUCUCGACGUUCUACCACGACCAGAUCUGGGACGCGGCGACCCUCCACUGCGAGGGCACCUUUCGGGCGCCGCCCGGUGACACCGCGGGCGGGGCUGUGCUCUGCGUGCGGUGCUCGCCGGACGGCGAGAGCGUGCUGACCGCGUCGGAGGACUGCCGUGCGCACCUGUACAAGCCUGGCGGCGCGGUCCUGACCGCCUCGGAGGACGGGGAGGCCCGCCUCUUCGAGGCCGCCUCGGGGGCCUGCCUGCGGGUGCUCGGGGGCCACGGCGACUUUGUGGUGUCGGCCGCCUUCUCGGAGGACGGGAGCAAGGUGCUCACGGCGUCGGAGGACGGCAAGGUCCGGAUGUUCAGCCUGGCGUCCGGCGCGCGCGUGCGCACGUACGAGCUCGGCAGGCCCGUGACGUCGGCCUCGAUCGUCGCGCAGGGCGCCAGCGAGCUCGUGCGUGCUGGGUGGCCCGGGGCAGCCCCUGGGCCCCCGAGCGCGCGGCGGCCAGCGGCGUGCUGA